UGACUUGCAAGUGUAUAUAUUUUAUAGUACGAUAUAAUAGAGUUGUAAUCGGAACAGUCUCGAGAAACUGCCCCAGUUCAAUGAAUUGAAUUCGCCUUUCUGCUGUUGUAUUGCUUGUCAUGAGAUAAUUGAUGUGAUUCUUUAGUAGGUGUUGCUGAGAAAUUGCCUGCGGGAUCCAUACCGUCCCACUCAGCAGAAAGUUCAGAUUUGGAGGUGGAGUGAAUGUUGUUAGGUCGUGUGAUCAUCGGGUUGGCUGCAAAAAUACCUCAACUCUGCAUAUGCAUGAUUGGCGAAUCAUUUUGAUCUCACGACUUAUCUAUUUUACAUUUAUGGGGAGAUUUUGAUCAUAGAUUGUCGUUCAUUUGCUAAGAGCAGUGUCGUUUUUGUUCAUGAUACCAUUUUCUAGCAUCACACUUUUGAUGGUCAGAUAAACCGAUCAUUGUCGACUGGGUUUGGAAAGAAUUACUCGAACCGCACAACUCAGCUUUAAUUCUAGAGCCGAUACGGGACUGUGAUAAGAAUUUUGAAGCAUUCAUUUUACCGUCCGCAAUGAGGUUAGUGGCAAGAAAUAUCGCCCUGUUAAUAGUGGUGUCUGGUAUCCUUACACAUUGCUACGGUUACCUUGUACAGCAUAUUCAGCAUCAGAUGCGAGAAUCCGAGUCGGUGAUGCAUUGGUAUGGUGCGGAUAUCAAGGAAAGGCAAGAAAGAUCAGCACAAUCACCAGAUGAUCUACGAGAAUUGUGUGAGGAAUUGGGUUAUUACAUCAAGCCAGAGACGUGUAGGGUGUCGACCUUGAAGAAUUACCCAUCUGCCGAUGGCUCAUGUAACAAUCUCCUGCAUCCAUCAUGGGGCAAGGCAGGCAUCCCACUCAGGAGAUAUCUCCCAUCAGAGUACGGAGACGGGAUUGGAUCCUUGCAUGAAGCUGAAGGAGGUAGGAAAUUGCCAAGUACAAGAAAAAUAUCGAACACCGUCGUUGGAAACAACUCCGUCCUAGUCCCACGGCUUAACGCUAUGGCAAUGCAGUUUGGACAACUGGUCGACCACGACGUGGGCCAUGCACCAAUUCAUCCAAAUAUGUGUGGUUGUGAGACAAAACAACACUGCAUCCCUAUCGAGGUGCCAGCCGAUGAUCCAAUCUUCCGUAUCCGCUGCAUCCCCCUCUCCCGCUCCAAGACCGUUCCAGGACCAGAAUGUGAUGUAGACAAGCCCUGGGAACAAAUGAAUCAGAUCACAACUUUCAUCGAUGGGUCCAUUCUAUACGGAUCGUCGGCCAGUGCACAGGCCGAUCUCCGAGCUCCUGGAGGUCUCUUGAGAUUUCGUCAGAACCCAUAUAACGAAUCCCUCAAGCCAUUCUUGCCAGACGAUGAAGAAAACGUUCAAUGUAAUGGUCGAGAUUCUGAGUUUCCCUGCGGUAAGGCCGGUGAUAAACGUGCCGCGGUUCAACCAGGGCAAUCCGCUCUUCAUACUAUCUUCAUGCGGUACCACAACCAAAUCGCCGAGCAACUCAGUGAGAUGAAUUCGCACUGGGAUGGAGAACAAGUCUUCCUUGAAACCCGGAAGAUCGUCACCUCGAUUCUCCAACACAUAACGUACAACGAAUAUCUACCGGUAACGCUCGGCGCUGACCUCAUGAGGGAGCAUCGGUUGACCGUCGGUAGUGGUAAUCCUUACCGCGGUUACCGGUCAGGACUCGAUCCUAGCAUGCCCAACAUUUUCGCCACAGCAGCAUUCCGGAUGGGACACAGUCAGAUCUCUUCCAACAUGACCCGCGUGAACGUCCAUUACAAAGAGGUGUACGAUCCCAUUCAACUACGUUUAGCAUUCUUCAACGGGAGCGCAAUACAUGACGUUCAAAAUGGCGGCACAGAUAGCAUUGUACUUGGAAUGCUGGUCGAACCACUGGAGAAGAUAGAUCGGUUCUUUAGUGAAGACGUCACACGGUUCUUGUUUGCCGAUCCACUCAACAGCUUUGGGUUAGAUUUGGUAGCCAUCAACACACAACGCGGUCGAGACCAUGGACUCCCGGGAUAUAAAAAGUGGCGUACAUUCUGUGGUCUGCCAGAUGUCUCGUCUUUUCACGAACUCUCCGAUGUGAUGGCAACGGACACCAUCGAUGCUUUGAAGAAAGCGUACACACAUGUUGAUGACAUUGAUGCAUUUAUCGGAAUGGUGGUUGAAGAGCCCAUCGACGGUGCUCUAGUGGGUCCAACAGUAGGUUGCAUUCUGGGAAAGCAUUUCUACAAUCUCAAAUUCGGCGAUCGUUUCUGGUACGAGAAUCCGACCGGUACAGUUCUUACACCAAAUCAAAGGGAGUCUAUUCGUCGGAUGACGCUGGCUAGGGUAAUCUGUGAAACCUUGGAUGACAUCGACACUAUUCAACCAUUUGUAUUCCAUGUUGCCGAUGAAAAACAAGGGGGCAUCGAGUCCUUUGCCGAUUACAGUGCUACGCACGAUUAUCCGGACGAAGCAGGAGGAAUUCCUGGUUUCAGCAACGCACGUGUGAGCUGUAAGGACUUAAAUACCAUCCCGCAUCUGGACUUAAAUCCCUGGAGGGAGAUCAAGGAGACAUCUAACUGUGGAUCUUCCAAGAGAGAAGAGAAGAAAGAUGAAUAGAAUGUUUUCUCCGUAUCUGGUUAUCGUGAUAAUUAUGUGAAAAAAAGGAAGUACUAAUAAGAAGUACAGACACGCCUUCGAAUCUAAUUCAUUUUAUGGUAUGGUAUAAUGAUUUAUCUUUUUUUUCAAUAUUUUAUUAUAGAUAAUUUGCAAUGAUUACAUGCCAUAAUUUGUGUAAUUUUGUUUGAUUUAAUAUUGGUUUUGUGGUAAACAGGAUGAUUCUUUAAACUACUCAGAUCACGUGACAAACUUAAAAUUAAUCAUGAUAAACUAGCAUUUAACAACAUUUUAGGUAAUUCAAUUUCGUAAAUCAACACACGUAAUUUUCUAUUUCUUUAACAAAAAGAGAAGAUAGUGUCCGAUGCAUGAUCAAGAUUCUUGGUAUGUGGAUGUUGUAACUUAUAAGACGCAAUGACUUUAUGACUGAUAUAAUAUGACUGAUUUAGAUGGCGGUUCUCAAAACGACGUGAAUCGUAUACAGAAUCGACGCGAAGUGCCACCGUGUAGCGGUCUUCAUGAGACCGUGAUGCCUCCGUGUUCGUUUUACCAUGUCCCUGUUGUUACCGCGAUUACAUCAAGAAGAUCCGGGAUGAAAGUCUGACCGGCGGAUUAUGGCGGUGUUAUCACGGUAUUAGCACGGAUCAUGCGGUGAAACAGGGUGGAUGCUGUCCUUUACAGGGUGAACGGUGUUUUGAACAUUAUGGUCCAUUCCGCGAUUCAUGGAGUUUAUGGCUGAUAAAAUAAUGGCGGUUAACCAGGGUUUUGUUUUAAUGGGGUCUUUGCCGGAGCAUGGCGAACUGCCGAACCGCCAUGAACCGCUAUCUAAACCGGCUAUGUUGGUCAUGCAGUGUAGGCCUGUUAAGUUUUCAUGACGAUAUAUUAUCUUUUUAUAGUAGUCUUUUAAUUUGUUAAAAGUCACAUUAAAUCAUGCGUCCUACUUGCAUUUCUGCAGUAAAAUACGAAUUAAUAGUAAACGAAAAACAUGGGAAAUUGUUUGCCACAUAUGCGCAACAUGACGUAAGGUAUAUCCCUGUCUCGUUUUUCUUCUUUUCUUUGUUUUACUUAUAAAAGAAAUUUUUAAAUCAUAUAAUUUACCCCAAAAUGUAUUAUAUUGAAAUAAUGACGAAUCGAUAGACUUGCUAAAUGUCAUUGCAUUUAACGAUACUCCAAGUCCUUAGAGACCCAAGGAAAUAAGUAUCAAAAUUACGUGUUACAGUCUGACCAAUAUUCAACGAAGGUCUAGUUAGUUUGGGAAAAUGUACAAUAAAACUAAUGAGAAUUUUCCAGAGUUGCAUGGUUAAUUUUUUUUUUAAAUGAUGGUGAUUCCACUUUUUUUUCUUUUGCGGACGGAAAAAUGGUGAACUGACUCAGAGUUGUAGUGAUGCAAGUUAUUGUCCCAUGGAGAAUUGAGAUUGCUAUUAUGACAUCACAGACUUACGAGUCCACAUUAUGUUGUUUAUGUUCCCAAAUUAAAGAAUUAGGAGGCUAUUUGAAGAUACAAAAUGUAUACUUUCAUAAUAUUUUAAAGUGACUUCAAGAUUGCCAUCAACACUAAGUAAAUCGCCAAUGAUCGUGAUGAUGACGACCCUAAGUUGGUGUUAAGCUUUAAUGAAAAUGAUAAGAGAUGAUUUUCUUGUAAUGCAUUAUUAUGCCUUAUCAUAUUAUCGCGCAUAUACUGCUAUCCUUGUCAUCUUGGUUUUCGUUUGAAGGCAUGUUCAAUGUACAAUAAAUGGGAUGAUGUAUUGCUGCCUAAUUCAGGAAUAAAUCUCAAAUUAAA